AAAAAAGGAUCAGGAAAUUAAGAGCUUGCAGAAUAAAAAAUACAUAUACUUUCUAGGGUUUUAUAUAUCUAUCCAAUCUGUCUCACUCUAUCUAAUUAUGGGUACACAGCUUCUUCUUCUUCAUAUGUUUUGGUUUGCCUGUCUAUUCUCCUCCACUUUUCCUCUCAAUCAUGGUGCUUUUAAACAACAAGUGGCAUUCGAGUCGGUUCCUGACCUAGAGAAAUCCAUUUACAUUGUGUUGGAUGGAUAUCCUUGUGUAAGAUUGCUUAACCUUUCUGGUCAAAUUGGUUGUGCAAAUCCCGCUCUUGACAAAGUUGUAGCUCCUAUUGUUAGAUUUAAGAAUGAUGUACAACUUGUUCGGCCAAGCUCACUCAUUGUGCCGUCUUAUGAUUUUGAAGCAUUACUUACAAGAGUAUCAAGCGACUCAAACUUUGCUAGAAAUGUAGCUGGGGUAUUAGUCGAAUUCGGAACGCAAACACAUCUUAAAGGAUCUUCUCCAGAUAAAAAAUUCCCACAAGCGGAAUUUGCGCCUUACCAGAACAACUUCGAGUGGAAUCCGACUGGAUCUGGUAUUAUGUGGAAGCCUUAUGACUUUCCAGUGUUUUUGCUUUCAGAAAGUAGCACACAAGCCCUGCAGGAGAUUGAUGUGGAAAAUGAUUACCAGAAGGAAACAUAUGCUGCCAAAGUGACUGAAUAUGAUCUAGUAAUGCAGACAACUAAAGCAGGCACGCAUGAUUCAGAAUCAUGUUUGAGAGAAGGAACAUGUCUUCCAUUAGGUGGAUAUAGUGUUUGGUCAGCCCUUCCAACAACCAAUGUUGUAGAUUCAAACAAAGAAAAGAAUAUUGUUUUGGCUGUGGCAUCCAUGGACUCUGCUUCUUUUUUCCGUGACAAGAGUCUAGGUGCAGAGUCUCCCUUAUCAGGAUUGAUCUCAUUGCUUGUAGCAGUGGAUGCUCUUUCACGUAUUGAUGACAUUGAUACCUUUGCUAAGCAGCUCAUUUUUGUUGUUUUUACUGGAGAGGCUUGGGGCUACCUUGGCAGUCGAAGAUUUCUUCUUGAACUUGAUCAACACACAGACGCUGUCAACGGGAUUGACAAGUCAUUGAUUGAAAUGGUUAUAGAGGUUGGAUCUGUUGGAAAGGGCUAUGAUCAGGGUGUGCAGACCUUCUAUGCUCAUACAACUGGGGUAUCAUCUGGCACAAAUAAGUCGCUGAAUGCUUUAAGUAAAGCUCGAGAUUCACUUGGAACUGAAAGCAUCAAAUACUCUGCAGCAAGCAAGUCUAAUCCUGGGAUUCCUCCAUCUUCCUUCAUGUCAUUUUCAAGACAGAACCCUCAUACCGCUGGUUUUGUAUUGGAGGACUUUGAUACAGUUUUCGCAAACAAGUUUUACCAUAGUCAUCUAGAUGAUCUGUCUAAUAUAAAUUCUUCAGCCAUAGUGGCGGCUGCUUCCCUUGUUGCUCGAACACUUUACAUUCUUGCCAGUGAUAAGAAAGAUCCAAGUGCUUCAUCCUUGAAUGCAGUCAAGGUCAACACCUCUUUGGUUAACGAACUUUUGGGCUGCUUAUUAAAUUGUGAUCCAGGUCUGUCAUGUGAUCUGGUGAACUAUUAUAUAAAACCAUUCUCUACCUGCCCUAGCCAUUACGUUGGUGUUAUUCAAGGCGAGCCUUCUUCAGAACCCAAUCUUGGUUAUGUGGGGGAUGUUUCCAGAUUUGUGUGGAACUUUUUGGCUGAUAAAACAUCUACCCCUUUAAAAAAUGUUAGUCCUUGCUCUGAAAACUGCAGCAAGUCAGGUGGAGUAUGCAUUAAACAAGAAAUAGAUGGGAAAGGAGUUUGUGUCAUCUCCACAACCAGGUACAUGGCAUCCUAUUCCACUCGCCUGAAAUACGAGUCAGAGACCGAGGCCUGGAGUGUGUUGCCUCCAAAUUCUUCAGAUCCCAUGGGGGCAUCUGAUCCCAUUUGGACAGAAAGCAAUUGGAAUAUAAUUAGUCUGCGCGUUUUCUCAGUUCAGAGUGAUACUUAUGAUCAUCUUAUUUUGGCAGCUGGCUUUGCUGUAACAACAUUGUCGUACAUCAUAGUCGUUAUUGUAAAAGCUUUCAUUGCAAAAGCUCUAAAGCAAGAUUGAUUUAAGAUACAUGAAGAUGAAACCUUACAUUUAGGGGGUGAAAUAUUCAACUGUUGAUCUCAGAUCCCAGUUUGGCAUUACUUGUCCAAAAGAGUUUGUAAGAUCAAUAAUUGUAUCUAGCAAAAUUUUGUAACCUGAAUUAUGUAGCUAUGAAUAACAUAUUAACAUGAGAAUAGGAGGAACUUUCUGAUUCA